GCCUUAUCUUCAUGUCUGCUUUUGGACAUAACCCAUCAUCAAUUUCCGAUUGCCUGUUGGCACCUUAAACCUCAAAUGCCACCAUUUCCAAAACCCCUCCGCCCCAAUGGCCUCCAAAUUUGGACCCACUUUCGCAGGACUGAGAGUCUUCCCUACACGAGUUAGGAAUCCAUCAUUAUGCGUCUCUUCAUCGCAGUCUUCUGUUUCCGGAGUUACUUUUGGUGCUAAGAGACUGUCGUUUCCGCGCGAGCUCUUGGUUAUUUCACCUAAAGCUACACCCGAUCAGUCAGGUCAGGUCCGAGAAGACGAAAUCGUUGAUAGCAAUGUCUUGCCCUAUUGCAACAUAGAUAGGGAUCAGAAGAAGUCUCUGGGGGAGAUGGAGCAAGAGUUUCUUCAAGCACUCCAGGCCUUCUACUUCGAAGGGAAGUCUAUCAUGUCGAAUGAAGAAUUCGAUAACCUGAAGGAAGAGCUCAUGUGGGAGGGAAGCAGUGUUGUGAUGCUAAGUAAUCGAAGCCCUGAUGAGCAGCGUUUUUUGGAAGCUUCCAUGGCCUAUGCAUCUGGAAGCCCGAUUAUGACAGAUGAAGAGUAUGAUGGACUUAAGCAAAAGCUUAAGAUGGAUGGCAGUGCAAUUGUGGUUGAGGGCCCUCGCUGCAGUCUUCGAAGUAGAAAGAUUUACAGCGACCUCUCUGUCGACUAUCUUAAGAUGUUUCUUCUCAAUGUCCCGGCUGCACUCAUUGCAUUAGUACUGUUCUUCUUUCUUGAUGAUUUGACUGGAUUUAAAAUCACCUAUCUUUUAGAGCUUCCGGAGCCGUUCAGUUUCAUUUUCACAUGGUUUGCAGCCUUGCCAUUACUACUCUGGUUAUCUUUCACAAUUACAAACUUUUUCGUGAAAGAUUUCUUGAUACUAGUGGGACGCUGUCCUAACUGCGGCACAGAAAACAAUUCAUUCUUUGGUACCAUAUUGUCUGUACCCAGUGGGGGUUCUGUCAACACAGUAAAAUGCUCCAGCUGUGGAACAGAGAUGGUGUAUGAUUCUAAGGCUCGGUUAAUUACACUUCCUGAUGGCGGUGAAGGAUAAGUUCAAUCAGUUAGUUUGUAACCUCCGCCAUUCCAUCGAAAAAGAACAUGCCUUGAUCCAAAUAAUUCUGACCGUUCACCUUCUGAGUCAUUCCUGUCCAUGGAAGCUCAGAGAUAUCAUCUGGAGCUACACGUAAGAAGAUCGAAAUAGUCUCUGCAAACAGCCUGAGGAUCCAUAGACGAUACUAAAGCUAUGCCUGUGGGCUGUCGCUGUAUUGUACGUGCUAUGUUGUGUUCUUUUGUAAGAUUCAGGCAAUGGUUCUUUGUUGUCCUGAAAUGUUAUGAUUUCAUUCAUAAUCCAUAUUUUAUUGUCCA